AUGGUCCACAUCCUUGGCGUCCUGCUGCCCGACAGGCAGCUAGCAAAGUUUGCCCUCACCCACUUCUACGGUGUCGGUCGCGGCACAGCAGCGAAGAUCUGUGCUCGCGCGCAAGUACACAGCAGGUGUCGGGUCCGCAACCUCAAUCCAGACCAGAUUAUCUCCCUAACCGCCUUCCUCUCCGCGCCCUCCGCCGCGGAUCCGCUCCCCCCAUACCCGGUCGCACCGCCAAGUUACGCCUUGGGCACCGCCAGCGUUGCGCCGCCGGUCGGGAACGUUGCGGCGGGCCCGCCAAAGGAGUCGGCGGGUGAUAAACUGCGAAACAUACGGAUCAUGAACGAGCUGCGAUCAGAGAUCCGGGACAACAUCGCACACCAGCGCAUGAUUGGCAGCUACGUGGGGCGGCGGCAUGCCAUGGGGCUGCCGGUCAGAGGUCAGAACACACAGACCAACGCCAAGACGGCGAAGAAGCUCAACAGGAUGGAGCGGUAUGCUUGA